GUCACAGCGUUGGGAGUAUGUGACAGUCAGGGUAUGUGGUCUCACAGCGUUGGAGUAUGUGACUGUCAGGGUAUGUGGUCUCACAGCGUUGGGAGUACGUGACUGUCAGGGUAUGUGGUCUCACAGCGUUGGAGUACGUGACAUUCAGGGUAUGUGGUCUCACAGCGCUGGGAGUAUGUGACAGUCAUGGUAUGUGGUCUCACAGCGCUGGUUUCCUGCCCUACUCUGCACUUCACUUCACACUGGAGGGGGAGGAUGGGUUCUGACGGCUGCUAACAGCUGAAAAGGGGUGGUUGGGGGAGGCGUGAGAGAAGAACAUCUCGAGGCACAGAGAGAGAGGACCAGAGAGAGGAAGAGAGAGGAGGAAAGAGAGCGAGAGUGAGAGAAGGGAGGAGAGCUCAGAGUAACAGACUCAUACUUUUGAGCAAAAGAGACAAAGAAAAAAGUGUGUAGGAGAGUAACCAGAGAAGUCCCAACACGAUCCCACUGAACCUAACAACCAAGGGACAGUAGGAUCAGGGGCUGUUAAAGGAUAUGUAACGACACACACAUUCUGGACAGUGGACAGUCAAACUACAGCUGCAGAGUCUCUGACAUGGAGGGAAUCUGGAUGCACUGAAGAUCUGCUGGGCCUAAAGACACCCCAGCUUCAACACAAUGCCCACUCUGCCCUCCUCCCCCCUUUCCACCUCUUUACCCCUGUCCUCCUCUUCCUUCCCCCUCUCCAAUGCCACCUAUCCCCCCUUUACCUCCUCCUCUCCAAACCAGACCCUAUGUAAUCUAGAUGACAGUGCCCUGCGCCUCCCCCUGGUCUUCUUCUACUCCAUCUUCUUCCUCCUGGGUCUGGUAGGUAAUCUCCUGGCCCUGUGGGUCUUCGUCUUCCUCCACUCCAGGAGGAACUCUGUCCGGGUGUUCCUCAUCAACGUGGCCAUAGCUGACCUGGUGCUCCUGGCCUGCCUUCCCUUCAGAGUCCUCUACCAUGCUAACGGCAACCGCUGGGUCCUCGGCCCCCUGGUCUGUAAAGUGGUGGGCAACCUCUUCUACAUGAACAUGUAUAUCAGUAUCACUCUGCUGGGGUUCAUUAGUCUGGAUAGGUAUGUGAAGCUGAAGGGGCGGGGCGGAGCGGGGAGGGGCCUGGCCAGGAGGCUGAGAGGCGGGGGAUGGAGCUGGGUGGCGUGCGGGGCGCUCUGGGGGCUGUCCCUGGCGGCGGCCAUGACCAUGAUCGCCAUGUCGGAGGGAAACGAGGAACCUGGGAAGUGUUUCCAGUAUAAGCAACGACGUGGGGCGAAGGGGAAGGCUUACUUCAACAUGGCUCUGGUGCUGCUGUUCUGGGGGGUGCUCUGCCUGCUGGUGGUCUCCUAUGGGAAGAUAGCCAUGCGCCUCCUCAAGGUGUCCAGGGAUAAACCGGACCUCCCCAAUGCCCACCGCUACGGUAGCGCCGCCAGGAAGUCCUUCUUCGUGCUCUUCCUGUUCAGCGUCUGCUUCGGACCCUACCACGCCUUCCGCCCAUUCUACGUCCUCUCCCAGCUCAGCCAAUCCCCAUCCUGCGAUUACUUGCGCCUGGUGGACAGGACCAAUGAGGUCAUGUUGUUGUUCUCCGCCUUCAACGCCGUCCUGGACCCUGUGAUGUACUUCCUGUUGUCGGGCUCGGUGCGAAAGGCCGCCGUGAAAGCCCUCGGACAGAGCCUCGGCAACCGGCUCCACUUCCUUAACGACGGGACCUCCAACAGCUCGGUAUCAGAGUUCAGACGGACCUCUCUGUCCGUUACCUCCCCCAACACUGUCAUUAACCCCUCCCAUGAGCCCAGGACCAGCCUCUGUCUGAUUAGCCCCACCCUCCGCCCAGGCGCAGCCAUAGUGGCAAAGCAGUGAAUUUACAGACCUCAUUGUUUAACUUCAUGGA